ACACGAGCAUAAAGCCCAGGCCCUGUAAAACUACAACUAGGUGGCGGAGUGCCUGAUGUAAAACCCCUGACCAGUGUUGAAGAGGCAAUGCUUCCGUUAAUAAAAGAUGUCCAAGUAUCUGGUGUUCCUGGAUUUCGUGACCCUCAUCCUGCCAGUGAUGAUGAAGAGGACUUGGCAGCAGGUGACAUAGAUGUUACACUACCAUCAAGGCCAGCCUCACCAAGACCCAGUGGCACCCAAAACCUCCAAAUCUCAUCACCUCCAGAACCUCUGUCACCAGACACUGACACAGAGGGAGUAGUGGAGAUAGCAUCUGAACCUGCUCCACCACAAGCUGAUGAUCAUCAAUACAGCCAACCUCCUCACGCUGGUAGAAAUCAGAGAGGCUCAUCACGUCGUGAGGGUACACUGGCUCCAGAAAUGCUUCAAGUUCACGAGGACAUAAGAAACUCCUUGUCUGAUUUGACUGAAUGCAUUACUACAUAUUUGCCAGGAAUAGCAACAUCUUUGAAUGAACUGGCAUCUCACAGACUUGUUUAGGAACAUUUCAAAAUGUCCUACAAAAUAUUCUUAUGUUAUUUUUGGAUUCCAGUGUCAUCUCUUUUCUGAAUUUGCUCAUUACCAAUUUCUUUUAUUUAAGG